AAUGGCAAACUUCAAAUUAAAUUUGCAAUGGACACAGGUCACUCGAAAUUUUGCUCACAUAAAGUUCGUAUCUAUCCUGGGGUCCCCGUAAGAAUUGAGUCUCUUCAACAAUCUGUCCAAGUGGAGAACGGAUCCAAGCCCAGUUUAAUCUGCCGUGUCCUAGAUUGUGGUAAUAAUAUCAUCUACGGCGACAAGAAUAAACCAGUCUUGCUGGACUGUGACAUUACUAGUAUUAGUGGAGAACCCAUUCUAAAGAGCAAAGUCCUCGCGACACAAGAGCAUCCUCAGAAAAUGGAGGACGGAAUUUGUUUGCCGGAACUAAGAAAUUCUUCCCCCGGAUAUUGGAUUGAAUUGAAGUGCCAAAUUUCAUACAGUACUCUAGACCCUGCCACUGUAACAAUUCAAAUGAUACCAAGCACUGGCCCACAAGUCAUUCACCUUUACUGGACAAGGGAACAUAAGUCCGUUGAAGAACCAACAAUAGAAAUAUAUGACAAAUCGUCAAGGGAUGCAAAAAUUGGGGAGCAACUAACAUUCAGUUACAAAAUAUUCAAUGGAAUCGGAGAAGAAGUUAAAUUCAAUGCUGCAAUACACAAAAUGAAAGUUAGUUGGGCGAAGGACCUGGUUAUUGACGAGAACAUGCCGAAAUACAAGGUCCCCGACCAGGUGAUUCACGAGAAAGAAUUUGUAACAGAAUUGACACUUCUUAGCGACAAAUAUGGAGAAAAAAUUAGGCAUUCUUUUACCUUGACAUCCCUUCCUGGGGAGCCUUCCAACCUGCAUGUAAAGGUUGAUGGAGCCCGUCCACGUGAAAUCACGAAGGUCAAAAUAGGUGAAAAACUACCGAACUUAAUUGGUAAGAUCACAGAUGGCAACGGCAACAUGAUCAAAGCACUAAAUAUGGAUCAACUAGAACGCGACUUGGACAUUUCCGUCAAUGAAUUAAAAGUCAUCUCGGACAUUGCGUGCUUAAACAAUACGGAAGGCUCGUUCGUAAUAAGAAAUGCAGUUAUUCAGUCAUAUGAAAAGGAUGCACGAGCUCAUCCAAAACUUGGGAAUAUCGAAUUGACUGUUACUUAUAAAGAAGAAUUUUCUUGUACGAUUAAGCUAAACAUCGUCCCUGGGCCCCCCGUGGGACUAGUUUUCAUUCUAAAUGGGCAGCAGCAAGAUCAGAGGGGAACCUUCAGCACCCCAAAUGGAUCACAAAUUAUUACCUGCGCCCGAUUGGUGGACGUGUUUGGGAAUUUCACCAAACCUGAAACUCCUGUCAAAGUAAAAUUAGAUUUCUUACCAACGAAUGGUUGGGUUGACCAAGGGCGGACAUCUAAUACCUUCAUAAUAUCAGAGGAUAACGACGGCAGAGCAGAUUUCCACACAAUUACAGCUGGGGUAAAACCACACAUUAAGCCAAGACUGGAUGGUAGCUGUAAGCUCAAGGAUUGCACCGGAAAAUGUUACGGGAGACCCCUAACUCUUAAGCUUGAAGCUGAUUUUGAUGGUAAUCCGUUAUCAGAUAUUUGCAAAUUACACCUCACCUGUCGCUCAGAUAUACCGAGCCUAUUGGUCCCAGAUGAUGUUGGAGGUCAGGGAUCUUUUAUCUAUCAAAGUGGCUCAAAUUUCGAUCACUUAACGGUAUCUUUGCAAGCAGAAGAUGGUAGUAUGUACAAGCAAGCGGAAGUAAAUGCACUAACCCUAUACCUAACUCCGGAGGGCGAAAACAGUCUAGAACAACGUGAGGUCAUUGACAUACCAGCUGCCAACGUGCAUGAAGGCAUCUACACUUUUGGCCAAGUCCCAACCAAGGCUGGACUUUAUACCAUAAAAUUUAUUUACCGCUGUGGAAGUGCAGAAAUUACAGCAAUAUUUAAACAAUUGCACGUCACCCCUGGUCCGGCUCAUUCGCUCCUGCCACAUUCCCCCUUGUCCAACUUGUCGGCAUCAAACCAUCCAGAAAAUUGUGACCAUCGAGUAAUCUUUGGGAAUCUGAAACUCGUAGUAAGAGAUCAAUAUUGCAAUCCUGUUUGGACAAACGAACAUAACCACUCUGAUGGAGGUGACGUCAGAAUGGAAUUUAGGGGCGCUUUACAACUAGAACAUCUUGAAAACCAUGUAAAUUUUGUGUCCGGCUUACCAAUCAAGAAUGGAUGCAUACUUAUUCCAAGAUUAUCACUUCUACCAAGCCUAACACUACCGAACGGGUCUCAGCAAACAAUACACUUCAUUGCAAGACUGAUGGACCAGUCAGAAUUUAUUUUUCCCUUGGAGUUUACAUUCUAUAACGAUGCCCAUGGACUGCAAGCUGGGCGAAAAUUGGCGAACGAAAUUACUGUUUUGGACGAGCAGAUAACAAGUAAGGAGGGAAAAGUUCAAGAUUUGCAAAGACAGCUAACUGCAAUUGCUAAAAAUAUAACGCCACUCGACGACGCAAAAAAAACCUUAGUUAAGCGUUUAAAGGUCCACGCACCGACUACAGAUAGUUAUUUUAAAGCAUUGGAAACAUCCCAAGGCAUAACUCGACUUAUAGCCAAUGAUUCAAGGAGGGAAAAGGAUCUUGAAAGUAACAGAAAAAAGUGCAACAUCCCAUCAGGUCCUGCAAGUGAUGAACCAGGAGUUUUAGGACCGAUUGGGUUAUUGGCGGAAAUAAAACCCCAAAAGUUGGGUAACACAUCCCUUGAAUGUAUUACAGAGCGAAUGCAUUCAAGGGUAGCACAAGCGAAAGAGUGUGGACUCCGCAUCAACCAGUAAUUUUUGUAAUUUUCAAGAUUUUC